AAGGGAAAACAAAAUUACUUUGUCGAAAUGAUAUAUUUCUCGCAAGACCUUGUCCGGCCAAAUUAAUGCAGGGCGGAUAUUGGAACAGGGAAAAGAAGUGUGAUGGAAAGGGGAAGAGGAGAGCAAAAAGGAACGACUACGCAAGAAGACGCAAGCGCCUUGUUCUUCGUCCAGUUAUUUCCAUGGUCGUCAGCUUCUCCAGCCACAGGGUAUGACGCAGUUGCACAUCCGGGGGGUUGCACUAUACGACCACCAGGGGGGAGGGGUGGAGUUGAUUCCCCUCCAAGGAAACUUGAGAAGUCUAAUUCUUCUCCGAACCCGCCACACGGCAGUCCCGGACGGGGCCCACGAUCAUUGCCGGUUGUUGAUCAGCCCUUCUUCUUUUGCUUGAGGAGCUUCGGCUGCGCUGGAUGUGCGCGCCAGGGAGAGAAACGAGGAUUAAAGCAGGUUUUGCCAUCCGAGUUUGGGCUCAACUCUGCUAACUAAACGGCGCCACCACACGGACCCCACCCGCCCAAAGAGGCUGGUCCGCUAAAGAGGGACAAGGGGAAUUCCCC